UUGUUUACUCUCUCUCUCUCUUCAUCUCUCUCACCAACUUCUCCUUAUAAACCCCACUCCCUCCUCAAACUCUCCUUCACCUCAUCCCCACCUGCAUCUCUCUCUCGCUCUUUCUCUCUCUCAAUCUGUUUCUCAAUCUCUCUCUUACAGAAUGGACUCAACUAUCACCCCAAGAAGGCCUUGUUUCAUUGAAGAAGAUGAUGGUCUUGCUUCCCUUGCUGACAUGGAGGCUGGUUUCUCUGGAUCUAAUAACCAAAACAACGCCCAAAUCAACCAUAACCAACACAACCACUUCAUCUCAAGGCCUGUGUAUUACUCAAGAAAAGCUAGUUUGAGAAAGAUGUCAUUUUCAUCAAACACUUCUCCGAGAUUCGGUAGGCUUUAUGAUGCAAGAUUUGAAGAACAGCAGCCCCAUUUCUUGGAUUCUUGCUUUCUUUGCAAGAAACCACUCGGUGAUAACAAAGACAUCUUCAUGUACAGAGGUGAUACACCAUUCUGUAGUGAAGAGUGUAGACAAGAACAAAUAGAGGCAGAUGAAGCCAAAGAGAAGAACUGGAAUCUCAAGGCCUUGAGGAACAAAAGUGACCAAAAGAAAUCAACCAGCUCUGCUAGCAAAAAAGCCUAUGGGUUUCGCACAGGGGCAGUUGCUGCAGCUUAAGGGCUUAAUUAUCUAUUAAAGACUUGAAAUAUAUCAAGCACUCGAAUUAAGAAACAAAAAGGAGAAAAAAGCAAGUGUUUUUUCCCAUAUAAAAGAGAGCAAAAAAAAAAAAGUAUUAUAGAUUAUAUGCAGCAAGAAAGAAGGGCCAAAGGGAAGACAGAGGCAAGAAGGGGGAGGAGAUGUGAAGAAGAAAAGGCUAUUAUUGUAUUUAUAUAUUGGUUUCUUUUAAUUUUUGUAAAUCUUUACUCUGGGUUGUUGUGGUUGGGUCUCUGUUAUGGUUGUCUUCUUUGUAAGAAUUUUGUUUUCCUCCUGGUUUUUUUUGCCAUGGAAAUGAGAAAAUCUACAACUACUAUUAGUACAAGAAAGUUUGUUCUGUUUA